UGCCUACUUUCUCUCUCCUGGCGAGAAAAAAUCCAUGAAAUAAAUACUGGUCUCUCCCUCUCUCUUCUGCAGUAUCUCCGAUUUCCUCUCCAACAGACCUCUCGUCUUCUCGCAUCCUGUAUACACAUACGUACACUGUGUGUACGCGUGACACAGAGAGGGAGAGAGAGAGGAGUUUGCAGUUGCGGUUUUCCUAUUUUUGUUGAAUUUUGUGUUUUGUGAGGAAAUAUCUGGUUGAAUGGCGGGAGUGAGAGGGAAAUGGAGGCUUCUGAGGCCACUGAUGUCGAUAUCCUGGAGUUUUCUCCUAGCUGCGGUGUUCGUUUCAGCUGAGAGGAGUUUUAAGAAGGAAGCUAUAGGAGGCAGCAACGUUACCGACUACUCAGAUGCGGAUUACCUCUCAGCGUUUGCCAAGUUCUUGUGGCAGCCUAGUGAAUCCGGUUACGAGCACGUUUGGCCGGAAAUGAAAUUUGAUUGGAAAAUUGUUCUCGGCAGCAUAAUUGGAUUCUUGGGGGCAGCAUUUGGCAGUGUAGGUGGUGUUGGAGGUGGUGGCAUAUUUGUACCCAUGCUUACCCUUAUUAUAGGAUUUGAUGCGAAAUCAGCAACUGCAAUUUCAAAGUGUAUGAUCAUGGGAGCUGCAGUUUCUACUGUUUACUAUAACCUUAAGCUCAGGCAUCCCACACUUGACAUGCCAAUAAUUGAUUAUGACUUGGCAGUGCUUAUCCAGCCGAUGCUAAUGCUUGGAAUUAGUAUUGGAGUUACUUUCAAUGUGAUCUUUGCAGACUGGAUGGUCACAGUUCUGCUAAUUGUUCUCUUCAUAGGCACAUCAACCAAGGCUUUUUUGAGAGGUGUUGAGACGUGGAAGAAAGAGACAAUUAUGAAAAAGGAGGCUGUGCGACAGUUAGCAGCAAACGGAAGUGGUGGACAAGGAGAGUACAAGCUUCUUCCUGGUGGCCCUGGCAAUGGCACUCAAGACACAGCCAAGGAGUCUUCUGAAAAACAGGUCUCUAUUAUUGAGAAUGUUUAUUGGAAGGAAUUUGGACUUCUCUGUUUUGUUUGGGUUUCGUUUCUUGCUCUUCAGAUCAUCAAGAAUUAUACAUCAACUUGUUCAACUCUAUACUGGGUGGUGAAUUUGUUGCAGAUCCCAGUUUCUGUUGGGGUAUCUUUGUUUGAAGCUACUGGCCUGUACAAAGGGUGGAGAAAGAUCUCAUCCAAGGGUGAUUCAGAGUCCAACUUGCGAGCAGGGCAACUGAUUGUUUACUGCUUCUUUGGGAUGAUUGCUGGUGUUGUUGGGGGGUUGCUUGGUCUAGGUGGAGGGUUUAUAAUGGGUCCACUAUUCUUGGAGCUGGGUGUCCCUCCGCAGGUUUCAAGUGCCACUGCUACCUUCGCAAUGAUGUUCUCCUCAUCAAUGUCUGUCGUAGAAUACUACCUUCUCAAGCGUUUCCCAGUUCCUUAUGCUCUCUUCUUAACUGCCGUGGCAACAAUUGCUGCUUUUAUUGGGCAACACGUAGUGAGGAGGUUGAUUGCGGUGCUAGGAAGAGCAUCAUUGAUCAUCUUCAUCCUGGCAUUCACAAUUUUUGUGAGUGCAAUCUCGCUAGGUGGUGUUGGGAUCUCAAACAUGGUAGAGAAGAUUCAUAACCAUGAAUACAUGGGCUUCGAGAACCUUUGCAAGUAUGGAGUUUAAAAUCUAUACCGUACAACUUUUUAUCUCGAGUGAAUGCGUUUUUCAAGAUAAGCUUCUUGGCGUUUCAAGAACGGGUACUAAAUUUUGCUCCAUGCUCGACACAUACACUCGGAUGAUGACAUGUUGCCCGGUUUAGCAUUAGUUAUACCAUAGCAGUGAACUUCUCUUCUCUUAAUAGAUUUCCAAUCCAGUCCCACUUGUGAAUCCAUAGAGAUUAUCACACUCUCUUUCUCUCUCAUCCAUUUUAUAGUUUCUUUUUGUCCAUUUGAUUUGGUUCUAUUUGUCCUCCAUUUGAAUGGGUCCUAUGUGGCUAUGUGAUUUGAUUAUCAGUUCAGUUAAUUGUAUUAUCCUCCAUUGAACUGGCCAUUUGGUGCCAAGAGAUUGUUAUUUAUGUUCCAGUGUUCCCAAGUUCAUCGAAAGAAAUGGAAAAGCAAAACUUAUUUUCUCUUAAA